AUGGGUCCUACAUUUGCCACAUUAGCAUUUAACAGAUUCACAAACAUUUGUCCUUUCUUAUUCUUAUACUUUGUGGAGAUCCAGAAGGACUCGAUGGGAUGGUCAUGGGCCGUUAAUCGGGGGAUUGAGUUUUUGGGUGCAAACCCUGGUGGCUUCCAUGGAUUGAUUAAGUUGGAACCUCCUAAUUGCCUUGGAUUCACUGAGUUGGAACCUCCUAAUUGCCUUGGAUUCACUGAGCUUGAACCUCCUAAUUGCCUUGGAUUGAUUGAAAUUGAAGCUCUAUAUUUAGAUUAA